CUUUUUUUUUCGCUUUCUUGUUUGAUACCAACAUCCUUUUUUUUUUAUUUCUUUUUUUUCUUCAUCAGCGGAAACGAUGACUCAGCAACAGUAUUCUUUGAAAGUAGCAGAAGCAAAACCUGGUGAAACAGAAACACGUCGCUCAUUUCUAUCUCCCGAUGAAUUGAUUACUGUACCGGCCGAAGGGGUGACAACAUUAUACGAUAUCUUAGUGCAUAGCGCAACCAAGUAUCCGGAAAGACAAGGUUUUGGUUAUCGUCAAUUGAAAAACACGUUUCAAGAAAAGAAGGAACUCACAAAGACAGUAAAUGGCGAACAAGUAAAGGAACUCAAAACAUGGACUCUAUUUGAAUUAUCAGGCUAUCAUUAUUAUACUUAUCAAGAGACUCGGGACAUGGCUAUUAUUCUCGGUGCGGGCUUGAAACAACUCGGUUUAUCAAAAGGGGAUAAAAUUCAAUUCUUCGCGUCUACAAGUGUUGAAUGGAUGCUCUUAGCACAAGGUGCCUUUUCUCAAUCUAUGAUUGUUGCUACUGCUUAUGAUACAUUGGGUGAAGGAGGAUUACAGCAUGCCAUCAAUGAGAGUGAAGCCAAGUUAUGUUUUGUCAAUGGUGAUCAACUCGGCGUUUUGGAUAAUAUUCUGCCUCGAUGUCCUGGCAUUCGGAUCAUAGUAUAUCGUGGAGAAGGGGAUCCUAUUCUUUUGAAAAAGUUGGAACAAUUGGAACAAAUCAACCAUGUGAUUUCAUUUGAAGCUAUCUUGAAAUUGGGCCAAGAACAUCCUACAAGUAUCUGUAAACCAUCAUCAAGUGAUUUGUCUUUAAUCAUGUAUACUUCUGGAUCAACUGGAACCCCAAAGGGUGUGUGUUUGACUCAUAGGAAUGUCGUAGCAGCAGUGGCAGGAACAUCUUGUAUGCUUCAACAUUUGGUAAUACCUGGCGAUACAAUGAUGGCUUAUCUUCCUUUGGCACAUGUACUUGAAUUCCUUGUACAAUCAGUUUGCAUCUUUCUUGGAAUCACACUUGGUUAUGGCUCAAUUCGUACUUUAACUGAUGCAUCUGUCCGCAAUUGCAAAGGUGAUCUUCAAGAAUUCGCUCCCACAUUGAUGACAGGUGUUCCACAAGUAUGGGAAACUAUCCGAAAAACCAUUUUGGCCAAGGUUGCACAAAGAGGAUCAAGAAUUCAAACCAUUUUCAACGGGGCACUCAAUUUAAAGGAAUAUAUUAGUUAUUAUGGUCUUCCAACUGGUAUCUUGAAUCGUGUGGUUUUUGAUAAUGUCAAGAAACAAUUAGGUGGUAAUCUCAGAUAUGGACUCUCUGGUGGUGCUCCUUUGUCCGUUGAAACUCAACGAUUUUUAUCUUUGGCUGUGUGUCCUAUUACUAGUGGUUUUGGCAUAAUGUGCUCUAUUUUAUCACCAGAAUAUCUUACUUAUGGAGAAGUAGGUCCUCCUGUACCUUGUGUUGAAGUGAAAUUAGUCGAUGUACCUGAAGCAGGCUAUUUGUCAACAAAUAAACCGAAACCUCAAGGUGAAGUUUGGAUUCGUGGACCUUCCUUGACCUCUGGCUAUUUCAAGCAAGAAGAAUUGACAAAGGAAACAUUCACUGAAGAUGGAUGGUUGAAAACGGGUGAUAUUGGUGAAUGGAAUGAAACGGGUACUCUUAGUAUUAUUGAUAGGAAAAAGAACUUGGUCAAGCUUAGCAAUGGAGAAUAUAUCGCAUUAGAAAAAUUGGAAUCUAAAUAUAAAACUUCUGUGAUGGUUGAAAAUAUGUGUGUUUAUGCGAAUCCAUUGUACCUGAAACCCGUUGCAUUGGUGGUUCCUGUGGAGUCUCAACUUCGUGCGUUGGCUGAUUCUGAAGGAUGGCAUACUGACAAUUGGGAAAUGUUGUGUGAAUCACAUGCCGCUCGUAAAGCCGUUCUUUCAAUUUUACAAGAUCAAGCAAUAUCAUCUGGUCUGAAAGGUGCUGAAAUCAUUACUGAUGUUUGGAUUUGCAAAGAUUUAUGGACCACUGAAAUGGGUUUACUUACUGCCGCACAAAAGUUGAAACGGGCUGAUAUUCAUAGAACUUAUAAAGAACAACUAGAUCAGAUGAUUCAAUCACAAAGCAGCUAGAUAUCAAUCUUAUUCUAUUUCCUCUCACCAUAUACAUACAUAUCAUUCAUCCCUCCCUCCACACCUUUACGGUCAUUGCCACCAUACAGUCUAUUUUUAUCUUUACAUCAUUUAUGAUAAAUACUUCAUUCAUACACUGUUUAGAUAUUCCUUUUUUUUUUUUUGAUGAACAAAGUAAAAUAAAAAAAUAUCAUAAUAACAUUUUUUUUUUUAAUAAAACACAGAUAAAUCUUGUAAUUUU